UUCCGUCCUUGGAGCGGAUCGUUGCCCGCCGGGCGCUUGCCCGCAGCGACAGCGCCCGCAGGAGCAGAGGCCGCAGCGGCGGCCGUGCCCAUGCCGGGGUGUCCACGCUUAGCAGCUUUCCCACCACUGCCAAACCUUGCCCGGGCACUGUGACCGUGGGUGGCCGCCUGGCCCUAGCUGCAGCUGAGCCGAGGUUGCACCUGUGACGAGGCUUGACAGGCAGCAUGGGUGACAUGGCCAAUAGUUCCAUCGAGUUCCACCCCAAGCCCCCACAGCAGCGGGAGGCCCCCCACGCUGGAGGCUUUGGGUGCACGCUGGCAGAGCUGCGCACCCUCAUGGAGCUGAGAGGGGCCGAGGCGCUGCAGAAGAUCGAGGAGGCCUACGGGGACGUCAGUGGGCUCUGCCGGAGGCUGAAGACCUCGCCCACAGUGGGCCUGGCGGACAACACCGAUGACCUGGAGAAGCGCAGGCAGAUCUACGGGCAGAACCUUAUCCCGCCCAAGCAGCCCAAGACCUUCCUGCAGCUGGUGUGGGAGGCCCUGCAGGACGUCACCCUCAUCAUCCUGGAGGUGGCUGCCAUUGUCUCUCUGGGCCUCUCAUUCUAUGCACCGCCAGGAGAGGAGAGUGAAGCCUGCGGGAAUGUGUCAGGAGGCGCAGAAGAUGAGGGUGAGGCCGAGGCUGGCUGGAUCGAGGGGGCCGCCAUCCUGCUGUCCGUCAUCUGUGUGGUGCUGGUCACGGCCUUCAAUGACUGGAGCAAGGAGAAGCAGUUCCGAGGCCUGCAGAGCCGGAUUGAGCAGGAGCAGAAGUUCACGGUCAUCCGGAAUGGGCAGCUCCUCCAGGUCCCCGUGGCUGCGCUGGUGGUGGGGGACAUUGCCCAGGUCAAGUACGGAGACCUGCUGCCAGCCGAUGGCGUGCUCAUCCAGGCCAACGACCUCAAGAUCGACGAGAGCUCCCUGACAGGCGAGUCUGACCACGUGCGCAAAUCAGCUGACAAGGACCCCAUGCUGCUCUCAGGCACGCAUGUCAUGGAAGGUUCUGGAAGAAUGGUGGUGACUGCUGUUGGUGUGAACUCCCAGACGGGCAUCAUCUUCACACUGCUUGGAGCUGGCGGAGAGGAGGAAGAGAAGAAGGAUAAGAAAGGCAAGCAGCAGGAUGGGGCCAUGGAGAGUAGCCAGACCAAAGCUAAGAAGCAGGAUGGGGCAGUGGCCAUGGAAAUGCAACCCCUGAAGAGUGCGGAGGGUGGGGAAAUGGAGGAUCGGGAGAAGAAGAAAGCAAGCACACCCAAGAAAGAGAAGUCUGUCCUUCAGGGGAAGCUCACGAAGCUAGCCGUGCAGAUCGGGAAAGCAGGGCUGGUGAUGUCCGCCAUCACUGUCAUCAUCCUGGUCCUCUACUUUGUGAUCGAGACGUUUGUUGUGGAAGGCCGGACGUGGCUGGCAGAGUGCACGCCGGUCUAUGUGCAGUACUUUGUGAAGUUCUUCAUCAUCGGUGUCACUGUGCUGGUCGUGGCUGUCCCAGAGGGCCUGCCUCUUGCUGUCACCAUCUCCUUAGCUUACUCUGUCAAGAAAAUGAUGAAAGACAACAACCUGGUGCGCCACCUGGAUGCCUGUGAGACCAUGGGCAAUGCCACAGCCAUCUGUUCCGACAAGACGGGCACGCUCACCACCAACCGCAUGACCGUGGUCCAGUCCUAUCUAGGGGACACCCACUACAAAGAGAUUCCGGCCCCCAGCGCCCUGACCCCUAAGAUCCUUGACCUCUUGGUCCAUGCCAUCUCCAUCAACAGUGCCUAUACCACCAAAAUACUACCUCCUGAGAAGGAAGGCGCCCUCCCACGCCAGGUGGGCAAUAAGACGGAGUGCGCCCUGCUGGGCUUCGUCCUGGACCUGAAGCGGGACUUCCAGCCAGUGAGGGAGCAGAUCCCGGAAGACAAACUUUACAAAGUGUACACCUUCAACUCAGUCCGCAAGUCCAUGAGCACAGUCAUCCGCAUGCCUGACGGCGGCUUCCGCCUCUUCAGCAAGGGGGCCUCAGAGAUCCUGCUGAAAAAGUGCACCAACAUCUUAAACAGCAAUGGUGAACUCCGCAGCUUCCGGCCUCGGGACCGGGACGACGUGGUGAGGAAGAUCAUCGAGCCGAUGGCUUGUGACGGUCUCCGCACCAUCUGCAUCGCGUACCGGGACUUCCCUGCAGGCCAGGAACCCGACUGGGACAAUGAGAAUGAGGUCGUGGGUGACCUCACCUGCAUAGCUGUCGUGGGCAUUGAGGACCCUGUGCGGCCCGAGGUCCCUGAAGCUAUCCGAAAAUGCCAGCGUGCUGGUAUCACAGUUCGCAUGGUGACUGGGGACAACAUCAACACGGCCCGGGCCAUCGCAGCCAAAUGUGGCAUCAUCCAGCCUGGCGAGGACUUCCUGUGCCUGGAAGGGAAAGAGUUCAACCGGCGGAUCCGCAACGAGAAAGGCGAGAUAGAACAGGAGCGGCUGGACAAGGUGUGGCCCAAGCUGAGGGUGCUGGCCCGGUCGUCUCCCACCGACAAGCACACUCUGGUCAAAGGGAUUAUCGACAGCACCAGCGGCGAGCAGCGGCAGGUGGUGGCCGUGACUGGGGAUGGCACCAACGAUGGGCCGGCCCUCAAGAAGGCGGACGUGGGCUUUGCCAUGGGCAUCGCAGGGACCGACGUGGCCAAGGAGGCCUCUGACAUCAUCCUGACCGAUGACAACUUCACCAGCAUCGUCAAGGCAGUCAUGUGGGGCCGUAACGUCUAUGACAGCAUCUCUAAGUUCCUGCAGUUCCAACUGACAGUCAACGUGGUGGCUGUGAUCGUGGCCUUCACAGGCGCCUGCAUUACUCAGGACUCUCCUCUCAAAGCCGUGCAGAUGUUAUGGGUGAACUUGAUCAUGGACACCUUUGCCUCUCUGGCCCUGGCGACGGAGCCUCCCACAGAGUCGCUGCUGCUGCGAAAGCCAUAUGGCCGUGACAAGCCCCUCAUCUCCCGCACCAUGAUGAAGAAUAUCCUCGGCCACGCCGUGUACCAGCUCAUCAUCAUCUUCACCCUGCUCUUUGUCGGAGAGCUCUUCUUCGACAUCGACAGCGGGAGGAACGCGCCUCUGCACUCGCCCCCCUCAGAGCACUACACCAUCAUCUUCAACACGUUCGUCAUGAUGCAGCUCUUCAACGAGAUCAACGCCCGCAAGAUCCAUGGCGAGAGGAACGUCUUCGACGGCAUCUUCAGCAACCCCAUCUUCUGCACCAUCGUCCUGGGCACUUUCGGGAUCCAGAUUGUUAUCGUCCAGUUUGGCGGGAAGCCCUUCAGCUGCUCCCCGUUGUCCACGGAACAGUGGCUCUGGUGCCUGUUUGUUGGUGUUGGGGAGCUGGUCUGGGGACAGGUCAUUGCCACCAUCCCCACCAGCCAGCUCAAGUGCCUGAAGGAAGCUGGGCACGGGCCAGGGAAGGAUGAGAUGACAGACGAGGAGCUUGCUGAAGGCGAGGAAGAGAUCGACCACGCCGAGCGGGAGCUCCGCAGGGGCCAGAUCCUCUGGUUCCGGGGCCUGAACCGGAUUCAGACUCAGAUGGAGGUAGUGAGUACCUUCAAGAGAAGCGCUUCAUUGCAGGGUGCUGUGCGCCGGCGGUCCUCGGUCCUCAGCCAGCUCCAUGACGUAACCAAUCUUUCUAGCCCUACUCACGUAAUUCUCUCUGCUGCCAAUCCCGCCAGUGCUGCUGGGAAUCCGGGUGGUGAAAGCGUUCCGUAGCUCACUCUAUGAAGGCCUGGAGAAACCAGAAUCCAAGACCUCCAUUCACAACUUCAUGGCCACGCCUGAGUUUCUGAUCAACGACUAUACCCACAACAUCCCGCUCAUCGAUGACACGGACGUGGACGAGAACGAGGAGCGCCUCCGGGCCCCCCCGCCCCCGUCCCCCAACCAGAACAACAACGCCAUAGACAGCGGCAUCUACCUGACCACGCAUGUCACCAAGUCAGCUACCUCUUCAGUGUCUCCCUCCAGUCCCGGGAGCUCGCUCCACAGCGUGGAGACGGCCCUCUAAUGAGAACUUGUCUCAGCACAUGCACACAUGCACACUCGGGCUCACACGCAGUCACACGCACACACGCACGCACACACAGAUAGCGACCCGCACACCUGCAAAACGGGGAAACAACUAAGGUUGCUGAAGAACCUUCUGGCAGGGCAUUUGCGAGAAGCCAAAUCCAUUCAACAAGGGUGCAGCCUGCCACAGCCUGCUCACUAGGACGGAGGAAGAGGAGGACAGGGAGGAGGAGAAGGAGGAAGAGCAAGACAAGAAGGGGGAGGAGAAGGUUCUUCAUCCAAAGGAGGAAGGAGAAGUAGAGGGUGCGAAGAGCUGAGUUCCCCACCUUUUUUCUAUUGAUGCUUCUUUUUUAACGAACUACAGUUCCCC